AGUAGCAUAUCAUGGAGAUUGGAAAUAAAAUGGUUAGCCAGUAGUUGAGAUGGUGUCCAAUUCAACUUCAGUCAGUUGGAUUUCAUGGCUCAUCAGGUUCAAACGUAUGGCGAAAUUCGAACUUGGUGGAUUACCCAGUGGCAGUUAAACAUUGGAAUGAUUAAGCACUGACAUUCUUUAAAUAACACUACUGCAUAUGCAAAUAAUCUGAGUUAAGGGUUGAGUUUAAGUGGCUACUACCGGGUCUCCGAUUACCUUUAUCAACUGUCUACAUUCGAUAAGCGCACCCUGCGAAGUCCAUUUCAUAUUCGUAUAUUCAUAUUGGAUCAUGGCAGCACAGAGCAAACUCGCUGAAGUCGCAUUCAAUUGCACCUGCCAGGAGUUUGUCCAUCCUUGGACUUCAAGCUGCGCUUGCGCGACUGCUGGGAUGUUGCUGUCUUUAAUUCCUGGAACUUUUCGAACCUAUAGUAUGGUUUAUAUGUUGGCACUGAUUAUGCGUAUGAAAGUUCCGUCAAUCAAAGAUCUCGGACGGACUGCAACCAGUAUUUUACAGUCCACCGCUUUUCUUUCUCUAAAUGGGAGUCUUUUUGUCUUUGCCAUUUGCGUGGUGCGACAGUUUCUGGGUGGUUUCUACUUCAGCACUGCUGCCUGGAUUCCAGCGCUAUUGGUUAGCUCCAUAUCAUUGGCAAUGGAGCGCCCAGAGCGACGUGCUCCGCUGGCCAUGUAUGUGGCCAAUGUGGGCAUCGAAACGCUCUGGAAAAUGAUGGAGUCCAGAGGUCUUGUAAAAUCCAUUCCCAAUGGACAAGUGCUCAUCAUGGGCUUCAGUCUUACCGCUUUAAUGUACCUAUAUCGGGCCGGAUUGCAUAAGACUGUGACUAAGGAUGGUACCUUCAAGGCAUUAGGUCUGAUUGUCGGCAAGGAGGAGGAGGGUCCCGUGAAGGCUCCAACAGGGAACACCUCGCACACACCCUCCCUGAGAGGACUAAAUUUCCGCUGCAUCAUGUCGUACCUUCAGAUCUAUGAUUUCUUCACAACCGUUAAACAUCCCAGUUGUCCACACAAACAAGGCUGUGCUCCUUACGCUCUUAUUGGAGGAUUGAAGUCAUUUCUUGAAGGAGUGGGCCUGUCGGUGGGUAUCAAGUUGCUCCUCAACAUUCCGAAGAUCUUCCAGUUCAAGAUGCAGUGGCGAAAACAGAUCUUCAACAAGGGAUCCCUGCAGUUGGGGAUGGCGCUUGGAAUCUUUUCACUCCUCUUCAAGUUAACUUCCUGUGGCUUGCGUCACUCUGCAGGAUUUGACGAUGCUCUCUUCGCCAUACCAUCUGGGCUAAUCGGAUCUCUUGGCCUUCUGUACUUUCCCAACACCACUGUAUCCUUGUAUUUGAUGCUGAAAUCCUUGCAACUUCUUUACAACUGGGGUGUCUCUGAGGGAAAAGUUCCCGAGCUGCCAAGCUUUUCCAUGAUCAUGUACGGAUUUUUCACAGCCGUUCUCUGCCACUCAACAGUAAUUGAGGCGCGAUCUAUGCGCCCCAGCUACUUUAAGUUCAUCGAGAACAUUUCGGGAGGGCGCCUGAGCCGGUUUAAUCUGAAACCCUUUGAGGCUUUUGGUGUGAAAAGUCAGGAUCAGGCCGACUACGUAAUCAAGAAACUAGGCAUUGUUAUGACCUCGCCGAACCCUCUAUUUGCACUGGCUGUCUAGAAGUUGACCUUGCAAAGAUUUUAAACGAUAUCUAUAACUAGAAUUGAUUCCAAUAUCCAAUUUCCCUGCCUUGUAAGACGCUAAAAUGUAUUCCACUAGUCACACAUGUAAAAACUUUACUAAAUAAUGAUUUUUCCAGAAAGUUUGUUUCA